CGAGCCCCGUUAAACAAAUUUACCCUCUUAUUUUAUUACUUGUGUCAACAUUUUAGAUCUUUAUUGGAUUAUUUAUUUGUAACAUGUAUUUCUGAUCCGCCAACAUGGUGUUGCUGCCUCCGUGUGCCCCGGAUCAGUGUGGGAAGGAUUUCAGACAUUCGCUAAAGAAACCGAGCCCCAACUAUCCUCACGGGCAUAAGCUGAAGAAGCCGAGGGUAGUGCCAGCUUUCACGAUACAAGCACUUCAGAAGAAUACAAGAGUGCUACCACCUCCAAAAUGUGGAGUCUUCGACCCUCUGCCAGUGAGGCCUACAAUGUUCCGGAAGUGCUACCAGAGAGGCGAGUUUCCGGUGUCCAUCGAAUUCACAAACUUCGGGAAGAAACUUGGUUGGAAGGUGCCAAUAGAAAAGCUGGACUUCCACCACUACCUGCCGAUGUUCUUCGACGGGUUGGCUGAAGGCAAAUAUCCCUUCAACUUCAUCGUGGAGCAGGGCAUCAAUGACCUGGUGCAGAAGGGCUCGUACAAAGUGCUUCCAGUGGUCCCUCAGCUCAUCAUUCCUAUAAAGAAUGCCCUAGCCACGAAACGCUCUAGCGUUAUCUGCCAUGCUCUCAAGUGUAUCCAGAUGAUCGUGACCGGCUGUGAUCGGGUCGGUGAAGCGCUGGUGCCGUACUACAGGCAGAUAUUGCCUACCCUCAACCUGUUCAAGGAUAGAAACCGUAACUUGGGUUCCGGCAUUGACCACACUACUACUCGAGGCGAGAACGUGGCUGACCUCAUAGAAGACACCCUUCAGAUCCUGGAACGCUACGGAGGACCUGAUGCCUUCAUCAACAUUAAGUACAUGAUACCAACUUACGAGUCUUGUGUGCUCAAUUAGUAUUAAAAAAACAAAAAAAGUCUUAGUGUAUUUGGGAGAUAAGCGAUUUCAAGAACGUAUAGGUUGAAUUUUCAGUUAGAUAAAUUCGUAGUUAGAGAGGUCUAAGCCUAAUAUUAGAACAUGUGGCUAGCUUAUAAUGCUUGACACACAACUUUUAGGUAAAUUCACUCUGUGUCUAUGUAGUUGAUCGAUUGUUAAGCAAUAAUCCUGUAACACGACGAUAAACAAAAUUUAAUGUUAACAUAAUAGGUAAAUUGCACAUUUUUAAAGAUAAAUAUAUUUAUUAGUUCCUAAACUUUACUUUUUGUUGCUUACACAAAAAUAAUUAUUGGCAUAAUAGAGUAUAAAUUUGUGUUAAUUGAUAUACCUAAGUAUUUUAAGUUUUAUUCGUAUUCAAUUUUAUAAUAAUUGAGCAUACGAUAUUGAUAUUAAAAUAGCUUAUAGUAAUUCUUAGUGGCCAUAAAGAUUCUCGUUACCUUAUAAAACUUAUGACUUGAUGAGGACAAGUACAAAAUUAUAUUACAAAAUUCAUCCUUUUCAUUAUACUCAUGUUUACUCCUUAGAUUUAAUUGACUGAUAGGUGUUAAAAUUUGCGCUCUAAUAUGGCACUGAUUAUAUUAUUUUAGUUAAUUAGUUUAGUAAUCAACUCACUAAAUCAAUGUAUAUGGUUUUUAUUACAAUGAAAAUAAAAAAAUAGAUUGAAUGUCACGAGUUUUUUAAACAAAAUAACACUGUAGCCAAGAACUUAAACAUACUCAUUCCACUGCUAUUGAUGAAUAAAUAUAGUUUUCAUUUCCACCAAAGAAAACCAUUUUAUGGGAAAGGGUGCUUUUUCUCAAUACCUACGGUAGAGAUCAAUAUAAUGUCGACUAUAGCUCUUACUAAAAUUACUAAAUAUGUAUAAGGAAUCACUUCUUCUAUUAUGUACAAGCCUGUUAAAUUCCAAGUCAGUGAUUCGUCUAAAAAACAAUCCCCCAAAACGUAUCGUUUGACGCCAUCUUCCAUCUUCAAUUGUUUUUCGUGUGAAACAAAACGCCGCCAACCGCAAGCACCGGCCGGGUGUGUCGCGCCGUUCCUACUUCUAUUCGCUGCGGUCGCAACGCGGUUACUGCUGAUUACUGAGCGCGAAUGUUCGCGCGAAAGGCAGAGAAUCCAACCGCGAGCUUUAACUUGUUCGGCGACGUGUUGGCGUAUAAUGAAAGGUAGGGGCACAUCAAGCUAAUCGCUGUAGUACCUUUGAUAAUUGUAAUAGGCACUAUUUUGCAAUCAAAAUGUGUAGUUGGAUGUGAUGUCGAUAUUUUCUGACUAAAUUUUUAAAGUUUUCUAAGAUUCUACUUGGUUGGUGACUUGGUUUUGAAAACCACGAUUUCGCAAUGUCACGUAAACAGCUUUGACAAAGUUUUAGGGUUAUUAUUUUUUUUACUUUCUAAGGUUUAUUAUAAUUGAUUGAGGGCAUUAUUGUUGAAUUAUGUAUUUCAUAUAUUCGCCUAUGAGUGUUUUUAUUUCAAUACAGAGAUUGUCUUUAAUACUCAUUCCUUAGAUCGUUUUAUCCACGAAUACGCGCCCCAUGAAUUUUUGGUCGAGGGAAGCGCGGGG